UAUGGUGUCCGCAACUGGAGACUAUUUCAGAUAAUAGGCACUGCACCAGUCUUCCUGCUCUUCUUCUACUUCUGGGUUUUGCCGGAAUCUCCACGGUGGCUCCUCUCCCAAGGAAGGAUAGAGGAGGCCAAACAACUGGUCCAGAAGGCAGCCUCAGUGAACAGGCGGCCCCUGUCUCCAGAGCUCCUGAGCCAGCUGGUCCCUGAGGAGACAGGGCCCUCAGGGAACACCCUAGAUCUUUUCAGACAUCCUCAACUCAGGAAGGUGACUCUGAUUCUCAUUGCUGUCUGGUUUGUGGACAGUCUGGUGUACUAUGGCCUCGGCCUCCAAGUGGGGGACUUUGGCCUGGACAUCUACCUGACACAGGUGAUAUUCGGAGCAGUGGAGGUGCCCGCCCGCUUUUCCAGCAUCUUCCUGAUGGAGAAGCUGGGUCGCAAGUGGAGCCAGUUAGGUUCUCUGACUCUGGCUGGUGUCAUGUGUGUCGUUAUCAUCUUCAUCCCAGCAGGUCUUCCCACAGUGGUCACUGUGCUGGCUGUGAUGGGGAAGUUUGCCUCGUCUUCUGCCUUCACCAUAUCCUACGUGUACACGGCUGAGCUCUUCCCCACUGUCGUCAGGCAAACAGGCAUGGGGUUCGUGAGCAUCUUCUCCAGGAUUGGCGGCAUCGUCACACCGCUGGUGAUGCUGCUGGAGCAGUACCACAAGGCGAUCCCCAUGAUCCUCUUUGGCAGCCUCCCCAUCGGGGCAGCACUGCUGUGUGCUCUGCUGCCUGAGACACGGGGCCAGACCCUGAAGGACACCAUCCAGGACUUGGAGCAGGGGUGUCCCCCACG